AUGUCCACUCCACCCCCCGCCUCCUCGCCCACCUCCACCUACACAAUCCACCCAACCCCCACCCUCACCCCCGCCGACUCGCACUCCCUCGCCUCCAUCCUCCUCCUCCUCGUCUCGCACGGCCACGCCCUCUCCGUCCCCACCCCGCUCACCCCCCCCACCGCCGCCGCCCUCUUCACCCACGCGCUCACCGACCCAGCCACCACGCUCUACCUCGCCCGCCUCCCGGACGGCACCAUCAUCGGCACGGUCCAACUGCACCUCGCGACGGCGACGAACGCGCAGCAUCGGGCGUGUAUCUCCAAAAUGCUCGUGCAUCCCGAUCACCACGGCCGCGGGGUGGGGCGCGCGUUGUUGGGCGCGGCGGAAGCGGGUGCGAGGGGGGCGGGGAGGACGUUGAUGCAUCUGGAUACGAAUGCGGAGGCGGAGGCGGCGGUCGGGUUGUAUCGCAGGGCCGGGUAUGUCGAGGUGGGGGAUGUGCCGGAUUGGAUUAGGUUGGAGGAUGGGAGGAGGGUUACGUCCAAGUUUUUUUGGAAGGUGCUUUGAUGGGAUGCGAUGGGGGAGAUGCUGGAAAGGAAAGGCGAAACGGGUAGGGAGGCCGUUGGGUGUCUUCCUUGUUUAUUAGAUGGUUUAGAACAAUGCGUAUGACAGACGGUUGGUAUAUCGGACACUCCAAGACGAGUAGAUCUAGACGAUGAUGAAUACAUCCUCAGAUAAAUAAUGGCAACGCCAGC